GUGAGGCGAGUGCGGCUGCGCUAGUUUAAUGAAAAAUGAAAUGAAAUGAAAUUGCAAAGCACAAAGAGACAAUACCUACGUGUAUUUAAUAUGAGAGAUGGUUAUCUGUAUCCACAUAGUUAUAUUUAAAUUUUAAUGUUAUUAUGUUUAUAGUGGACCUGUUAAAGAAACCGAUAGUAAACAAGAUACAACUUAGUUUUACUACAAUAUGUAAACAUUUUAAUUCAACCCCAACAAUAUCUGCUUACAUGUCGCCUUCUAAAUCUAACUCCAAUCAAUAUUAUACAUAAAUAUAUUUAUAAUUAAAAACAGUGCAGUCUUACACAGUUUUCUAAUGCAGAAAAUGAACACUUACGAUGUAUGUGACUAUGCUAUAGCUGAACUUGUUCCAGAUCAUAUUUUGGAGAACAUAUUUACGUUCUUGUGUUUACGCGAUCUUAAAAAUUGUGCACUAGUUUGUAAGACGUGGUUCAGAGUUUUAAAUGACGAAAAUAACGACGUGUGGAGAUUGCAUUGUCACAAAAGAUUAGCCGAAGAAGUCAUGAAAUCGGACUUGCUCUCAAAUUUAUCAACAUACAAAUCAAAAUUGAGAGCUUUCUAUCAUGCGUGGAGUCCAUACGACUGUUCGAGGAAUAUUUAUAUUAAGCCCAAUGGAUUCACUUUACAUAGGAACCCUGUCGCCCAAAGUACUGAUGCUUGUCGCGGUAAGAUUGGGUUUUAUCGAGGUAGACAUUCAUGGGAAGUUAUAUGGGAAGGCCCCCUUGGUACAGUAGCAGUAGUGGGGAUCUCUACUAAAGAGGCCCCAUUGCAAUGUCAAGGAUAUGUAGGACUUCUCGGUUCAGAUGAACAUAGCUGGGGAUGGAAUUUGGUUGAUAACCACUUAUUACACAAUGGAGACACACAUGGCAGAUAUCCUCUUUUAAAUAACUGUCCUAAAUAUCAAGUUGGAGAACGCAUUAGAGUAAUCUUAGACUGUGAAGGUCACACCUUAUCAUUUGAAAGAAAUUAUGAGUUUUUAGGUGUGGCCUUUAGAGGACUACCAUUCAGGAAAAAGCUAUAUCCCACUGUGUCAGCAGUUUAUGGAAAUACAGAAGUAUCUAUGGUGUAUGUGGGUCCACCUGCAGACGGGUGAUUGAAAAUAAAGGAAAACUGUUCUAGUCAAUAACCAAAUCAAGAAUUGGUAACAACUACUAUGAAUUUCAUGUCUUUUUAUACCAAAUGAGUGUAUUUUAACUGUGUGAUAAGACCUAUAUGUCAUCUGAAUAUCAAAUGUAUUUGGUAGAAAUGAACAUGGAAUAGGUCAAGAUUAAAUAAAAAUAUGUAAUACUAAA